CCGGGUACUUAAUUAGUUAUGUAGCUCGGGGGUCUGACGAGAUUACCAGGGCUAAAGGGAAGUUGUCGCUAUACAGUAUAUAUAUAUUUUUGUUUUUUGGAGUUUGUGCUGUACAUGCGUUGACAGCGAGGCGUCAGUCUGGCUCUCAACAUGGGCAUGUUUUUGCUCCAAAUCGUUUCCGUUAGCUCCACCGCGACGGCAGUCGAGGAGAACAAAUUAUACUGCGAUGGAGUAAACAAUCAGAGCUACACAUGUGAGUCAGGACACUGCUGUGGACAGUCUCAGUGCUGCAGUUACUACUACGAGCUCUGGUGGUUCUGGCUGGUGUGGGCCGUGAUCUUCAUCCUGAGCUGCUGCUGCAUUUGCCACCACCGCCGCACAAAGCACAGGCUGCAGCAACAGCAGCGGCAGCACGAGAUCAACCUCAUCGCUUACCGGGAAGCUCACAAUUACUCUUCUCUUCCCUUCUAUUUCAGGUUUCUGCCAAAUUACCUCUUACCCGAAUAUGAGGAAGUGGUCAACCACCCCCCCACCCCCCCUCCUCCUUAUAGCGCCUUGAACUCCAGUCAGACGGCUGCUUCCAGCCCUUUAACCCCUGAGCACCUGGACGGUCUUCAGCUCCCCUCGCAGUCCACUGCGCACCCCCCCUCCGGAGACGCGCACCCCUCCCACCACAGCGUGGAGGAGUGCACCUUUCCGACAGACUACAUCCAAAAAGAGGAGAGCAAGGCCCAGCUGGCUCCGGGUUCCGGCAGGCCCGAGCUUCCGGAAGUUUCUGUCAGGGAGUCACCCUGUCCUGAAAAGCAGGGGGGAGACUGCUGCAAGGAGCUGCUGAAGGAUACAGAAUACUGGAAGGAGGAGGAAGAGCAGGAGGGAGUGGAGGAGGGGAGAAUGGCGGGCCGGCACCGUCGCUUCACUGGCGACUCCGGAAUCGAAGUGUGUGUGUGCAGCCCGGUGCAGGAGAGGGAGGCUCUGCAGGAGCUGGGCGAGUUGCUAGGCGACCACCCGGAGGCGCCCGCGGACUUCUGCGACGACUGCGCCUCCUGUGGCCGCCACGCCUCCUUCAGGGAUGAGGGGCAGGGCCAGCCCACAGCUGAGAGGAGGGCGGAGUCCCAGGCACAACCUCCCAGCUGCGUGCUGUUGCAUACCAUAAGUGAGCAGGAAGGGCCGAACUAGGCUGCCAGCACUGAGCCCCGAAGCUGAGCUGCAUUCAGACCACCGAAGCACUGAGGCAGGGUGCUAAGCACUGACUUCCCUCUUACUCCAGCUGCUCUGGUAUAUUUCUGCGUGAUGAUUGGAGUCAGGCUGGAGCAGAGCAGGCCACCGGCACCGACGCCCAAAGCAGACGCACCACCAAAGGACUGAGAUGGAGAGCUGAGGACUGUCCAGCACUCCGUCGCUAAUAUUUCAGUGUAAUGAUUAAAGAGUCAGGCCAGGCCAGAGCAGGCCGCCACUGAGACCCAAAGCUGAGCUGCCAAUGCACUACCAAAGGACUGAGAGUGAAAGCUAAGAACUCUCCACUGGUAUUCUUCUCUAAUGGUUAAAGAGUUUCCUUGUAUACCAGACUCUCCAAGCCCAGUAAAGCCUUUAGCAAGCAUUCUGUAAGCACUUUUCAUGUUAGGCAGUGGUGGCCUGUCACUUCUGGGGGGGGGGGCUGCAUUUAAAUAUGGGGUGAAGGCUUCCCCAGUGCCUGCAUGUCUGACAGUACAGAUGUAAUGAUGGCACAAUUUUCAAUAACAGUUUGGGGGGGGGGCAAAUCUCUUAUCACUGUUAUUUAUGGGGAAAACUGCCCUGGCACACUAAAGCUGUUUCAAGCCCCCCCUCCCCCCCAGCAGGUAUGCAGUACUAGUGGCUGUCACAUGCAUAUGCACAGUACAAGGUCCCUGCUAACAGUAUUGUACAAAGCCAAGUAUCACUUAAACAUGGUGCACAGCUAAGCUCUAGCAGUAAGAACGCCAUAUAUUAUCCUGGAUCCUAUCCCUCUAGCGUUAUACUGUAACUCAGUUAUGUAUGUAGGCUGACUCAUAGGGAAAUGAAUGUGUAUUUAGCAGUGGUGUAUGCCUAUCGUCAUUUUGCACACAGUAUAUCUAUCUACAAUGGUCUACAUUGUUGAGAAAAUUUAAGUAAGUUUCUGCACAAGUUGUCUUAAUUCACAUCACCAGUCUUGUCUGCAAGUGAAAUUGACAAAAAGCUUGAUUAAAUAUUGACAAUUUUUUACACAGUGUGAUUACAUAGUAAUUUUUAAAAGUUUCCAUUGAUAGGGAUAUCUGUCUGUCAGGUAGAAAUUUUGAUGUCUGUGACUGACGAGUAAAUUCAUUCAAGUGGACAUCCGGCAAGUACGAUUGUCUUCCUGGGGCCUUCGCUGCUGAAUGGACAGUUAGCGGUUUCAUACCAGGCUGACUCAUGUUUUUACGUAAAGGUGAAGGUCCACCGGUAUGUCCUACAUGUAAAACUCCUUUAACUUUUAAAUGCAUUUUUUGGUAUUGUCCUUCUUUUAACGCCUUUAGUCAUAUUCACCAUAUUACUGACUCUUUAAAAGAGGUUUGUAGUAAAGUCAAGCCGGAGGUGUGUGUGUUUUUUUUUUUUUUUUUUUUUAAAAAGAUUUUUCUAAAAAGCUAAUAAGCACUUUUAUAUUGUUUUAUCUUUCUUAACAUUAUAUAAUUAGACUUUCUUUGGUUGUUCAACCAUUUUUAUUUGCUCUAGUUGCUGGUGUGGCCUUAAAAGGCAACAUGACUAACAUAACUAAGCUUCGUAUGGUAGGUGGGGUGGAUAUGUCUGAGUUUAAUGGAGCUGGAUUUUGUCUGUAUUGAAAACCAAAGCAUUUUCCGGAAUCUGAAGGAAGGUAGGGUACUCGACUGUGAAUGCUGGGAAAAGGGGCGGUGACCUCUGUUUGCAUCUCAGUUAGCGCCCCCCCCCCCCCCUCUCCUGUGCAUUUUCUGGAUUAUUUUCAAGUUUGUCUGGCCUUCUCUCUAGGCCAAGUGGAUAAAGACUAUUUUAAUAGUAAUAUCUCUGUGCUUUAAAAAGGCCAAGGCUCAUCUGCCAAGUAAGCAUCCAUUUGUGAUGUUACGAAGGCGUGGAUGAAGUGGAAUUAAGUGACAGUACAAAUACUCCUGAUUAUGCACUGUGUGAACCAGACCACUGCCGUCAUGCCUACUGUCAUCGCUGAUGUCUUCACUGUCCUUAAGAGGGUGACAGUUUUUUUCAGUUCCGCUGUAGUCUUACUGAAACUUUUUCCAUAUGAUGUUUUGUAUAAAGCAUUUAUUUGCAUUCCUGAGAAUAUUUUGUUUAAUAUUUAAUAUAUAUAUAUAUAUUCAAAUAAUAUAUGUAUACUGCAAACGCAGUCUGCAGUCUAAUUGUUUUUAUGCAUCUUGUUCCUCAGCAUUAACAACCAGUGCAAUAAGUGUAACUUUUCAAGGUAAAUGUAAAGAGAAAUAUUCUGGUGUUCCUAUUGACGCCUACGUAUUACCUGUCACCCAUUUAAAAGGGAAGGAUAGACAUUAUUUACAAAAAAUAAUAAAGUUGACAAAAAGCUUGA